CGCAUCGUCAUGGGCUCGAAGUCGGCGUCGCGGCGCGCGCUCCUCGCGGCCAUGGGCUGCGCGGACUUCGAGGUGCGCGUGCCCGACAUCGACGAGAAGGCCAUCGGCGACCGGCGCGGCGACCCCGCGUCGCUCGUCGCCGCGGUCGCGGUCGCCAAGUGCGACGCGCUGCUCGCGCGCCACUUCGCCGACCACGCGGACGACGACGUCGUGCUCGUCACGGGGGACCAGGUCGUCACCUUCGACGGGUCGAUCCGCGAGAAGCCGGAGGAUCUCGCGGAGGCGCGGCGCUUCGCGGCGUCCUACGGCGGCGCGUCCUGCGGCACGACGGGCUGCGUCGUCGUCCACGACGUCCGGACGAACCGCCGCCACGUCGAGGUCCACGACGCGCGCGUCGACUUUGGAGCCUUCCCGCCCGGGCUCGUCGACGAGAUCUUAGCGGCGGACGGGGACGUCGUCAUGGCGUGCGCCGGCGGCCUCAUGGUCGAGCACCCGCUGCUCGCGCCGCACGUCGCGGCCGUCGAGGGCGGCGUCGACAGCCUCAUGGGCCUGUCGACGCCCGUCCUCGCGCGGCUCGUC